UGCUGGCAUUACAGGCAUGAGCCACCAUGCCUGGUUUGUUCUUACAUUUUUUAUUGUAGCUGCUGGAAAAUGUAAAGUGGUGUCUGUGGCCCAUGUGCCGUUUCUGCUGGAGGGUUGGACCAAGGGGCAGCCGAGAAGGCUUUGGGGCUACUUUACCUGAAUGCUGAGUGUGUGCCGAGCGGUAGAGAACUUUGAGAAGUGCUGACAGACAGAGGCGUUGUGUGGGGGAUGCAGCCCCAGGCCAGAGAUGCCCUCUCUGUGCUCUGGAGUCCCUGAUUUGGUGACAGCAAGAGGAACCACUGCAAGAGGAGCGGUCACCUCAGCAAAGCACCCCAGCUGCUGGCCUCCCAGCUCAGGAAUCCAGAGGCAGAGGAGGGGAGGAGGCUGGGCCUGGAGGAGAGCAGGGUCAUGGGCCCUGGGAAAAGCCUGGGGGGCCAGAAAGCUGGGGGACAGAUUGAGGCCAGAGGCAAAGAGAAGGAGGUUCGGAGAGGAGGGCCAAGGAAGAAAGGUUCUGCCCACAGGGAGGGAGGAGGCCGACGGGGCAGGGGCGUGGUGGAAGCUGCAUCCUCGAGGCUUUCUGUUGACCCUGACACCUGGCCAGAAAGGAGUUCCUUCUGGCAUCCUUUGUCAGUGGUUUCUGGAGCUGCCCUUUAGGGGCAAGUGACGAGGGUGCCCUGGGCUGGGUUGCAGGCAGUGGAAAAGACAGGCUCUUCUCACUCCCAGUGCUGGGGAAAUCAGCUUCUUGGAGGAAGGGGGAGCCGUAUUUUCUGAGUGACCGCACUUCCUGGCCUAGACGUGUGUGUCUUGCUGUAAUUUUGGCGAUUGGUGUUGGUGGUGCCCGUUUUAUGGAUGGGGAAGGUCAGAUUCCACAGAUACUGAGUGACAGGCCCAGGGCCUUGGAUUUCAGUGUUUGACUCAGAAUCCACGUCUCUGAUCUGCCACCAGCCUCCCUCCCAUUCAGAUGGGAACAGGGACUCCGGGCAUGCAGUUGUCUCCCAGACACUCCUUCAGCUCUGGCCUGGCGCCCGGAGACCAGUGGCAGCAGCUCCCCACGGCCGUUCACUGUGAGGGUGGGGAGGGCCGUGGGACCAGGAGGCCUUAGGGGGAAAGUUGGCCAUGAGGAGUGGGAAGCGGCGGGUCAGAUGCCAGUGACUGCUGGCUGGGGAGCCGCCGGACGUGGCUGGCCUGCGUGGCCAGUGUGGCGGGUGCCCCGGGGCUUCAGUCACCCCCAGCCACGUGUGGGGGUGUGGGAUGGGAAAGGUGAGAGUGUGUGGAGCCCAGUCAACACUCAACACGAGGUCCCGUAGGGGCUACCUGAGGGCGUAGCUUCCAGAAUUCAGCCCCUGGCCCUCAGAAGGUGUCACCAAAGUCUUCUUUCCACUUGAGUGAAUCCCUCCCAGCCCCCAGCAAGCCCUCGGAACCAGCCCACUCCCAGGCGCUCUCUCCUCGUGUGGGAGUGGCCACGCCCCUGCUGGGAGUGACUCACUUGGGUUCAGAGGUCGUGGCACUGAGAUGGGUCUGGCAGAUCCCAGCGUCCAGGCCCAGCCCCUAUAGUGUCAGCUCCCUCCUCUGGGGACCCCCUUGCUUGUGCCCCUCUGGGUCCCAGCAUAUCCCAGGCCUGCAGGGAGGGGGCGAGGAAGAGACUUGACUCACUGGCCAGGUCCCCCAGGGGCUGGAGAGGCUGGAGAGGCAGGAGCUGGAUCGGAUCUGAAUCCAGAGGCUCUCCGAAGAGCUCAGGCCACUGAGGCGGCUCCCAGCUGCGUUGGCGACAUGGCCGACACCCCCAGAGAUGCCGGGCUCAAGCAGGCGCCUGCGCCACGGAAUGAGAAGGCCCCGGUGGACUUUGGCUACGUGGGGAUCGACUCCAUCCUGGAGCAGAUGCGCCGGAAGGCCAUGAAGCAGGGCUUCGAGUUCAACAUCAUGGUGGUCGGGCAGAGCGGCUUGGGUAAAUCCACCUUAAUCAACACCCUCUUCAAAUCCAAAAUCAGCCGGAAGUCGGUGCAGCCCACCUCGGAGGAGCGUAUCCCCAAGACCAUCGAGAUCAAGUCCAUCACGCACGAUAUUGAGGAGAAAGGCGUCCGGAUGAAGCUGACAGUGAUUGACACACCAGGGUUCGGGGACCACAUCAACAACGAGAACUGCUGGCAGCCCAUCAUGAAGUUCAUCAACGACCAGUAUGAGAAAUACCUGCAGGAAGAGGUCAACAUCAACCGCAAGAAGCGUAUCCCGGACACCCGCGUCCACUGCUGCCUCUACUUCAUCCCCGCCACCGGCCACUCCCUCAGGCCCCUGGACAUCGAGUUUAUGAAACGCCUGAGCAAGGUGGUCAACAUCGUCCCUGUCAUCGCCAAGGCUGACACACUCACCCUGGAGGAGAGGGUCCACUUCAAACAGCGGAUCACCGCGGACCUGCUGUCCAACGGCAUCGACGUGUACCCCCAGAAGGAGUUUGACGAGGACUCGGAGGACCGGCUGGUGAACGAGAAGUUCCGGGAGAUGAUCCCGUUUGCUGUGGUGGGCAGUGACCACGAGUACCAGGUCAACGGCAAGAGGAUCCUUGGGAGGAAGACCAAGUGGGGCACCAUCGAAGUUGAAAACACCACACACUGUGAGUUUGCCUACCUGCGGGACCUUCUCAUCAGGACGCACAUGCAGAACAUCAAGGACAUCACCAGCAGCAUCCACUUCGAGGCCUACCGCGUGAAGCGCCUCAACGAGGGCAGCAGCGCCAUGGCCAACGGCGUGGAGGAGAAGGAGCCAGAAGCCCCGGAGAUGUAGACGCUGCCCUGCCCACCCCUGGGAUCCUGCCCCCAAGUCUUUUCCGUCCCUCCCAGGCCCUCCCACUGCCCCAUUUUAUAUGAUUUUCUCCAUUUGUCAUCGUUCCCCAUCCCUUCCACAUGCUGCCAGGAAACAAGGGAAGGGGCCUCCCUCUGAGUGAGUCAGUGAUGAGCCCGCAGCCUCCCCCAGGUUGGGGGGAGGCUGUGCUGGAGCCAGAAGCAGGGGUGAGAGCACCCACUGAAUUGACGUGACCCUCCGUCCCCAGGCCUGGCUCCCCGAGGGCUCAGAAGAGCGGCUUCGGUGUGCAGAUCAUCCGUCCGCGUGGGGUUCUCAGUGCCGGAGGCCUUGGGGUGGGGGCCAGGCCGCGCACAUGCAGAGGGUCCCAGUGGGCUGCACGCUCCCCUCCAUCCCCAUCGGCCCUGUCCCCUGGAGUGUGUCAGAGCCCAGGGGAGAAUGGAGCCCACCAGGGACACCUGGACCCCCUGCCCGCCACAUGGCGUGGCCAUCACUCAGCCCCCACCCCUGCCCUGUUACUAAGGGUAGAAAAUUACAGGGUCCCCUGCCACCGACUGCCCAGCCACUCCAAGCCCCCUGGCAGCUGCCCCUCUUGGAGCAGAAAGUGCCUUUAUCUUAGCCAUCCGCAGGCUGCUCGGCCAUUUGCGGGGACAGGCUGGAAUGAGGGAGGCGUCUUCAUCUCCCUGCCAUCCCCCUCUCAUGCCACCCCCCUCCCACCGGGCUGCAGGUGCUGCUGAUGCGCUGGGAUCUGAUUGAGGAUAAAAAAGGAGAGAUGACCCCCACCCCCUCAUCCCCCAGUUUUGAAAAGGUCCAAGCAAGUGAGUCUGGUGGAGGAGCUGAGGGAGGGAGCCAUGGAAGGUGCCAGAAGGAAGGCUGGGGGGGGGGCACGUGUGGGUCGUGGCUUGGGCUGGUCAGAGUGGCCUGAGCUGCCCGGCGCCUGCCCCACCCAAGUGACCAGGGAAAUGUGUGUGUGUCCAUGUGUAUGCGUGUCCGUCUGUCUGUCUAGUGUCUGGGUUUGGCCCAAGACUGGGCUGUGGUUACAUUAAUGCCCAGCCACCCACCCCCACCACUCACCCCUCCUGGCCCAGGCCUUACUGACUCUGCGACCUGGGGAGGGGGGAGGCCAGGCGAACCUGACUCUGUUGUCCUAUCCCUGCCUGGACCCCUCCCCUCAGAGCCCAUGGUAACGAACCCCUAGAAAGGAGAGACCGGGCGUCAGGGGUGCACAGUCCACAGUGAGCUGAAGAGUGAGGUUUCAUGGCAGCACGGCCCAGCCCCUCACCCUCUGUCCGCAUGAGGGGACCUGUGGGGGCUGUCUUUGCAGGGCACAGAUGACCAAAGUCCCUUCCUGCUUCUUGUUCUCUGUCUUGCUCCUGGGGAGAAAGAGGGGCCUGAUGAGAAUCCACACAGGUGCACACAUCACCGGGUGCAUCUGCAGGCACCGGGCUAGCUGCUUGCAGCCAGGAGAAGGUCAGCGAGAGGGAGUGUGUGUGUGCAUGGAAGUUGGGGCACUGGGCGUCUGACUCCCUCCCCACCCAAGAGAGGAAGGACCCCUCACCAUCCCCAUUGGCGAGACAGUUUACUUUGCCAACUUGCCAUGUUUUUGCCAAAACCAAGAUUUUGAAGGAAAUGAGUGGCCAGCGCCAGGGCCCAGGCCAUGUGGCCGGCCCAACCUCAAUGUCACUUGGUGGCAGGGUGGGGUGGGGGGUGGGCAGCAGCAUCCCAGCCUUGAGAUGCUUCACUUUCCUUCUCUGUAACCAGACUUCGAAAAAUCGUUCGUUUCAUCAGGCUCUGUUCCUCAAUGGCCUUUUGCUAUGUGCCUCCCGAGAAAUUUGUCUCUUUUUGUAUAAAUGACAAAGUGUUGAAAAUGUAUUUCCUGAAAUAAAUGUUUCAAAUGCAGAAACCCA